UUACAGACCGAAAGCAAUCUUACACAAGACCAAAUUCUCCAUGAUUCAAGUUCACUUUCAUGGUUACGUGGUGUAACUGUAGCGCAAAUGGUUAUUCAAACUGUAUGGCGACUAUCUGAAAGCAUAAUUAUUAAAUGGGAGCCGAAAUAUUUCAAUGAAACCGUUAAUAGGAUAUUGGAAUCAAUUGAUACUGGCAAACUUCAGGACGCUCUGGAGAAAUUGAGAAGAACAUUAAAUAUAUUACUAGCUGCUGUAAAGGAUCUCAACAUAAAAAUUGAUGCAACGGAGUAUACGUACACAAAGACAUUACAUGUAAGGAUAUGGAAUGACCUGCUUUUGGAUCUGGAUAGAACGCUUUUGUGUCCUGAUGAAAGUUUUCGCUCUAAAACCGAUUUAACAACGUUUCGAAAACUAUCUCUAGUAUCUACGAACAAUACAUUGAGUUACCUGAAUAAUAUGAUAAAGUAUUAUGAAGACGCUGUACAAGUUUUACAAGAAAAAUAAAAAGAAAUAAAUAAGCCGUACUCAAAUAUGCUUUUGCAAAAUAAGAAAUCAGGAAAUGACAAAUUUUAUAAAAAUUUUGUCCAUUCAAUUUUAUCUAUUUGAUACAAGAUAUGAGAUUCUCGUUGUGAUAAUAUAUAACUAAAAAAGUUCGUGCGGUUUUUCAUAAUAGAAAUUAAGCAACUACAAAAAAAGAGUAUAUAUCAAGUUAGAACGCACUGAUUGACUUACGUGUAUCUAUGCCUUAUGACGCACAUAAAACAUUGAGCUCUGCAAUUCAUUGCAACGAACUCUACCGAAAACUAUGAAAUUUUUUGGUUACCUGAUAUAUUUUUCGAUGUAUUUAUCUUGCAUGUUCCGAAAAUUUUUAGUGGAUUGAAUUUAUAAAAUAUAAUGCAUCGUAAGGACUAAAACAAAUUCGAUUGUUUAGUUUAUAUCUUAAUUUGCUCGCAUA